UAAGCCAGAGGCAUAAUCGCCUCGGGACGCCUCGCCGCUGGCGCAUUGACCACGUGCGCUCCGCAACGCGUCAUUCUCCCUAUGUAAACAAGAGGGCGGGACUAUGCGAAAUAAGAUCCCGCCCUUUCUCGAAACUCCAAGCGCGACUCCCACGCCAGGUGCAGAACUUCAAAACGGCGGCGGCGUGGGAGAACUUCGGGAUCUUCCUCGUCAUAAAUCACUUUGGGCCGGGUAACCCCCCCCCUUCCCCGAGCUCGGCUGCUUUGGCGCAAGGUGGGAAAGAGGAGGAAGGGAAGUGGGGGAAAGAAAGACCGAGCCUGGGCUCGGGGCCUGGAAGGGCGCGGCGUCCCGUCCCAUCCCUCUGAUCCUGCGGGCAGGCGCAAAUCCUCCUGUUUGCACAGCCAACACGUCCGCAUCUUGGAGGAAUCCCGGGCGCGACGUGCCUAGCGCCCGCUCCUGGAGGCAGCCUUGGGAAGGGGGAAGGCGCUCCGCUCGCUCCCCACAAGCCGCCCCCGGCCUGAGCGGGGGACCCACGUGCUCUUCCAGACCCGCAGCCAGCUCGGCGCGCAGUUUCUAGCUAGGCUGCAAAGCUCACCGUCAUCCCUGCUCUGCCCUGGCGAGGAGCCGAUCGCUGCUCUCUCCUCCCUCUCUCCCUCUCUCUCCACCGCUCGAGGCAGAGUUGCUGCUGGGUCCACUGAGUUGGCUUCCCUGCCACCAGCUCCUGGGCGAACCGCGCUGGAGACGCCGGCCACCGACGCUUCUUCUGCGCCACCGUCCCACGAAGGGGGUCUGGCGGCUCGCCGGAGGUGGGGGGCCGUUGCGAUCGUGGGCUUGGCGACGCCGGAGAAUCGCCCCCUAUAAAGCGACCUCCCUUGGCAAGGUCACCCGAGGGGAAGAAGAAGAAGAAGGCGCUCUUCUUCGCAGCGCCCGCGCGCGCCCUUGCCGUCUCUUCGGAAAGCGCCAAGGCGACGCGGCUGGCCCGGGGUACGUGGACGCGGGUUCCUACUGCCCCCUAAAGCGGUCGUGGCGCGUUCCCCACGCCUUUCGGCUGCAGAGCUUUCCCGCGAAGUUGUGGCCCCUGCGGCGCGCCGGCUUCCCCCGCUUCUCCUCCCUUUUGCAGGCUCAUCUGGGCUUGCAACGCGAGGGGGGAUCCUCGACCGACCCGCCGCUGGAUCGCGACUUUUCUUGCUCCUGCGAGCAUCGCCCCCCCCCAAACACCACCACCACGCAUGAAACCUUUUGGCGCUCGAUGGUUUUAAUCCCGCAGGAUUUGCAAGCCGGGAGGGGGCUUCCUCCGGCCUCAUGAGGAAGCAGCAGCAGCAGCAGCAGGGGAAGCCCCCCACUUCCAUGACCAGGAGGAGGAGGCACCUCUCCUCCAUCCGCGGGAUGAGCGCGAUGUCUGCGACGCUGCCACAGAAGAAGGGCAGGCGCCUCCCCGCGUGGCGUGGCGCGGCUCCUAGUGGGACUAAGGCGGCAGCAGCAGCAGCAGCAGCGGGAGCUCAAUGACCAAAAGGGGCUGAGGAAGAGUAACCGGGAGGGCUCGCGGGUGAGCGCUCACCUCGCGUGGACUAGCAGGGCAGGAGGCGCAAAAGUUUGGCCAAGUUGAGGGCGCGCGCCUAAAAGGUUUCGAAAGGUCCGGCUCCCUUUGGCCUGUGCAGUUGGAUCGAAGCUACAUCAGCGCCAGCAUGCCAGCUGGAGGACGCCUCUGGUCUCUCGAGGGAUAUUUCCCUUAAGGGGGGGGGCAAAAAAAAUACUACCCACGCAACAACACCCACCCGGUCUCUGGCUGCAGGAGCCAGCAUGGAAGAGAAAGGGGCCAGGCUGCAUCGGCGGCUUUGAAAGUUUGCCAAACACCUCCGAGGUUGCUUUUCUUCCUCCAGCCCCCUCGCCGAAAGAGGAGCGACUGAGAGGAAGGGCAGAGAGAGGGGGGCAGAUCGGGGGUGGGGGUGGGGGUCGACCAGGGAGUUGGCUGCUUCCAAGCAUGGGAGACAGGUUGCCGGAGCCAAGCCGUGCAAACCCUUCUCCCGCGGUGGCCGCCUGCUCGGAAGCAGAAGCGAUCGAGGUCCUGGAAUCCGAGGAUGUCCUGCCUAUGGCUACGGAGGACAACCAUAGAGUUGGAAGGAACCAAAGUCCAUCUACUCCAACCUGCUGCCCAAAGGCAAAGCUGCCAAGCCACCAACCCCCCACAGAUCAACCUCUGCUGUCCAGGACACAGUGUGACUCAAUCAGAGGGCAGAAGCAUGUGAGAAAGCACUGGAAAGCUCUGUUUGAUCAGUUUGACCCUGAAAACACUGGCUACAUCAGCACUGAGAAAUUUCGAAACCUCCUCCAAAGGCAUGGCUCUGAGCUAGAUCCACACAAACUAGAAGUUCUUUUGGCCUUGGCAGACAACAAUUCUGAUGGGAAGAUCUGCUACCAAGAUUUCGUCAACUUGAUGAGUAACAAAAGGUCCAACAGCUUUCGCCAAGCCAUCUUGCAGGGGAACCGGAGGCUGUGCAGCAAGGCCCUGCUGGAGGAGACGGGACUGAGCCUUUCCCAGCGGCUGAUCCGCCACGUUGCGUAUGAGACUCUGCCGCGUGAGAUCGAUCGGAAGUGGUAUUACGACAGCUACACCUGCUGCCCCCCACCUUGGUUCAUGAUAGCCAUCACCAUUGUAGAGGUUGCCUUCUUUCUUUACAAUGGAGUGGUACUAGAUAGGUUUGUGCUGCAAGUCACCCAUCCCUUAUAUUUGAAGAACUCAUUGUUAUAUCAUCCUCAGCUCCGUGCCCAGGCCUGGAGGUACCUCACCUACAUAUUCAUGCAUGCAGGGAUAGAGCACCUUGGACUCAAUGUUGUCCUUCAGCUUCUAGUUGGAGUCCCCCUUGAAAUGGUACAUGGUGCUGCAAGGAUCGGGUUUGUCUACAUUGCUGGAGUUGUAGCAGGUUCCUUGGCAGUGUCUAUUGCUGAUAUGACUGCACCUGUCGUGGGCUCAUCUGGAGGCGUGUACGCCCUGAUAUCUGCUCACCUAGCCAACAUAGUAAUGAAUUUGCUUGGUAACACCCCACCCUGGAAAAAUCCCUAUGGCUUGUUCAACUUUCCUGAUCCACUGAAAUUAUUGAGAAUCAUCACUCAAGAAGCUUGCCUUUGGAUCAGGCAAUAUUUUGUGGCAUUGCCUAGUGUCAAGGACAAACAGAUGGUAGCACUGAUUUCUGUCAGAGAAAAGAAAGCUGGGUGCUUCAAGUCUCAGCUCCUGAUCUUUAAAUAUAUUGAGAACUGGUCUGGAAUGAAGUGCCAAUUCAAGCUGUUGCGCAUGGCUGUUGCCUUGAUCUGUAUGAGCUUUGAAUUUGGAAGAGCUGUGUGGCUGAGGUUCUACCCAUCCGCUUACCCUCCAUGCCCACACCCAAGUUUUGUCGCCCACCUUGGGGGCGUUGCUGUUGGAAUCACCCUAGGCGUAGUCAUCCUAAGGAACUAUGAGCAGAGACUCCAAGACCAGUCCUUAUGGUGGAUCUUUGUCUCCAUGUACGUGGUGUUUGUUCUCUUUGCCAUCUUCUGGAACAUUUUCGCCUAUAGCCUGUUGGACCUGAAACUACCUCCACCUCCUUGAGAUUCUGGGUCGAGGGGCUCUCAAGGACAAAUGGAUAACUUCCCAUCUGCCAGCUCCAUUUCAAGGGCAGGGUGGGGGAGGGUGAGGUGGGGUGGGAUUGAAACGGAGGGUUUAUUUUUGUAUGAAUAUCACAGGAUAUAAGCAAACCCAUCUUCUGAAAUGGCACAAGUUGAGGGGGAAACUAUAUGCUGCAUGGCUAGGAGGUGACCAUAUUAUUGGAAAACGAUGACCUAAGCAGGGACUGGCCAAUAGAAACUUGUUUGGAAGGAGAUUUGGGCAUGGAGAUUUGCAGGUAUCGCCGUAGUCCAUAAGGACCAGGCCUUGAUCAUGCAAGUAGCUUGGUGUUGCUUUCAUGAUAAAAAGGCUGACAAUUCAGCCCUAUAUUUGUCUAACAGGACACUUAACACCACAUACUGGUGAACGCUAAUGCACAUAGUGAAAUUUUGUUUGGGUUGCCUACAUUUUUCCAGGUUAAUCUUCUACCAUACUCACAAUUUACAAGAGCCAUCCAUCAGGCCAUGAGGGAAAAGCUCUUGCUUCCUUUAACUAAAAGGGCACUCAGCCAAGGAUGCUUGGCUUGACGGGUCAGGCUGUUCUUCAGUGCCACUGCUGCUGCCCAGUAAACCUGGACAGAUCCUCAAGUCUGCUGCCUUGUUAAGAGGAGCAGGUCUUACAGAAAUCUUCCAAGGGGUUCAGCGUAUAUGGGUUCACAACUUGCCAGUGGUAGAGGCCACUUCUCAACUAAAGGACAAACCAAAUUGCACAGAAAGAUUUGAAAGUGCUUUAACCUGGUUGCUAAAUACAACUUCAUAUUUAAUUAGAUAUUCAGAGUUUGUGACUGGGUUUUCAUUCUUGAAUACUUUGCAGACCACUUGAAUAUUUUGUAUUUUUUUUUUUGUGGACAAUCAUACUAUUUUCUUCUGGCCUCUUAUUUUCUUCCUUGGUCCUACACAUUCUUUAAAAAAAAAGAGCAAGAUCUACUUGUUGGCUGGGAAGGGGUUGCUAGAUGUCUCUUAGUUCAAUUAUGCUAUUCCAGAAGAUUUCAGCGCACAGAGCGUAUAAUGGAUGUUUUAUCUCCCGUCUAUAGCAUUGGACAAGACAAGAGACCACAACUCUACACCCCUUUGAUUUUUGGGGUGUUGUUCUUGCAACCUAGGGAGACAUAUGCAGUCACACCCCUAACAAACAUUUCUACGCAGUUCUUAUUUGGAAAAUGUGGACAUGGUUCCUUUGCCUCAUGUGUUUUGAAAAAUAGCUGCAAUGCUGCUUUAUGAAUUUUGCAGGUGUAAUUUAGAUACAGUCCUGUACUCAGUGGAGCAUCCUUCUGAGUAGGCAUGUAGAAGAUUGCACGGUUAGAGGGUCAAGUGGGUCAGGGAUGCAUUUGACGACAGUACCUUGAGUAGGGCUUAGUUCUUGCUAAAGUAAAACGGGAAGGAGAUCUAUGGCCCUCGAGAUGUCUUUGGACUCCAGUUCCCAUUAGUCCCAAC